AUGGUCGUCUUAUGGAUUACAUUGCUUUUUCUUCAUCGAGGAAAUUCUCUGGUUCCAGUGAAACCAGUCCAUGUUGGUGAAACAGCAACAUUAACAUGUGUUUUACCAAAUGAAGAGCUCGGCAGCAGAAAGGUUCAGUGGUACAAGCAGAGAGUCGGGGAUACUCUUAAAUUAUUAGUGUCACUUUCUGGAAAACCUUCUUCAGAGUUUUUUCAGUCAAGAUUUUCUGCACAUAACAGUAAAGAUUUUAGCAACCUGACCAUUUGGAAUGUAGCCCAAGAGGAUGAGGGAAUGUAUCACUGUGGAAUAGACACCUGGAUUAAACUUGAAUGGAGUGGGACAUAUUUGUUAGUAAAAGGAGACACUGAAAGGACAUCGAACUAUAUUGUUGUACAGCAGCCGACAGAAUCAAAUCCACUGCGUCCAGGAGACACAGCAACUCUUCAGUGUUCAGUUCUGACAAAUUCUGAGAACAACACAUGUUCAGGACAUCAUAAUGUUUUCUGGUUCAGAGAUGGAUCUAAUAAAUCUCUUCCAAACAUCAUCUACACUCAUGGAAACAGAACUGAUCAAUGUGAGAAAAGAUCUGACCCUCAGGAUGGGUGUGUUUAUCGCUUCUCUAAGAACGUCAGCUCCUCUGAUGCUGGGACUUACUACUGUGCUGUGGCCACAUGUGGGGAGAUAUUAUUUGGAAAUGGAACUACACUGGAUGUUCAAGAAAGCAGUGCAUCAUCACAGACAGCCAGUACAGUUGUUUUUGUGCUUUGUGCUGUCAUGGGUAUAAAUCUCAUUGUUACUGCUGUCCUCAUUUACUUAACCAAAAAAACCAACAACAGUGAUCACAAAGCUCCUGUCCUGCAGAAAAACCUUAGUGAUCAGAAAAGACAACAGAUUAAGGACACACAGAUGUUUUCUGCUGUUGUCUUUGCCGUGAUGGAAGCUGAUAUUUGCAACAAAAAGGAUGCAAAGGCAGCAGAGAAGCAGCAGAUCUACACAGCCAUCAAAGCUUUUGGGCUGGAUUAGAUCUACUUACUCUUGCUUGGUAUGAAACAAUCUACAGUAGAGGAUUUUUUUCAUCUUAUAGAUAAUACGCUUUUAUGUGUUGAAAUGAUGCUCUAGUUCUUUACAUAUACACUUGCAUACACAUCCAAGCUGCAAGAUUCCUACUGUAGUCUGGUCAUGACUGUCGAUUGCUUUUUUUUCUGUUUUAUUUACAAUCUUAUGUGCUGUCUUUAAUAAAGCCCAAGUUAUCAAAGUAAUUAUGUUUAAAAUGGACAUUACUGCACCAGGGGUGUGAUUACAUGGGUGCCCACAUAAUUCCCCUACUUUCUUUCCUGUCAUGCUAACAACCCAUUCCUUUUUAAUUAACAUUUCUGUAAAUUACUGCAAGGUUGUUGUAAAGUAUUAAUGUAAAUAUUAUUUUCAGGGUGAUAUUCAUGUACCAGGAAAAGGUAGCCAGUAGCCUACACAAUUUCCUUAGGGAUUAAUAAAGUAUUCUGAUUCAAAUUUGAUUCAAGGGUCACUUAAUUCCAGAGCAGCACAUUUUUUGGAACCUUUUCUGCUCGACCAUCUCUGAUUUGCAUAAAAAAUGUUCAUCUUUUGGCACAUAACAAUUGCUGUGAAAUUUCUGAAAUCAAACAACUGUGUAAACAUAGUUAAAAAAAAUCAAGAGCAACCUGAUUAAAUAUGUUAAACACGUCAGAAUUUGAAUAUGUAGAAAAAGUAUUUUGAGAUUGAAACACAUUUAGUCUUCCACUGUUUCCACUGAAAAAAACAUUAAAAUACCUGCAUAGAGACUGUAAUAAUAAACUAUUAAUGAAUGGUAAAGUUUUUAUCAUGGUGUUUGUGUGAA